AUGAUGUCAUCGGGGUUUUACAAGAUAUUGUCAAGACGCAAAUGGGCGGUGGUGGUAAGAAAUCAUGUGCCAACAUCACUAAGAGAUGGAGCUAGAAAUAUUAUUGAGGUUACGUUAUGGGAUGAUUACGGUAAACAGUUCAUGAGCUAUAAUAGCUCCAACAAGUUUCCCGGACCAACACUCAUUGUCUUAACACACCCAUGGUGCCAGCAAAAUCAAGCAUCUGGAUUGCCUAGCCUAUCUAAUGCAUGGAAUGAAUCAAGACUCCACAUCAACUUGGAGCAUCCCCAAGUUCUCGAUUUUAAAACCAAGCUAGGAUCCACACAUUCAGCUGCUGCAUCAACUCAUUCUAUAACCCAGACUUCUGAAUCCUUUGUGCAGUCUGGCAAAAAAAGUUGGACAAACUCUAAUGAGGUCAAAAGUAUAUGUCACAUUUGUGAAAUCGGCAAGGAUUGUUUUUCCACAACCAUUGGCACUACCAAGAGAUUUAAGGCGUUAAAGCAUGGCUGGUAUUUCGAGGCUUGCCCCAGUUGUAAGACAUCAAACAUGUCCACUGGCCCCAAAUUCACAUGUGUUUGUGGAGUCAAAGAUGUUGAACCUGUGACAAAGUAA